GACAAGAUGAGCCUCAGCGACAAGGUGGUGAUUGUGACGGGCGCGAGCAGCGGCAUUGGAGCUGCCAUUGCGGAGGUCUUAGCCCGCGAGGGGGCGCAAGUGGCGCUGGUGGGACGCAAUGUGUCCAAUUUGGAGGCAACACAGGCGACGCUGCAGCAAAAGUACAAGGGCAUCAAGACAUUGAAUGUGGUGGCCGAUGUGACAAAGGAGGCGGAUCUUAUUGUUCAGCAGACGCUCAAGAAAUUCGGACGCAUCGAUGUAUUGGUAAACAAUGCCGGCAUCUUGGCAAGCGGUCCAUUGGCCGAUCUGGACAUUGUUGAGUUCGAUGCGGUGCUCAAUACGAAUCUGCGUGCCGUCGUCCUACUCACCAAGGCCGUGCUGCCGCAUCUGGUCAAGACCAAGGGCGCUGUGGUCAAUGUCAGCAGCUGUGCAGGAUUACGUCCAUUUGCUAAUGCCCUCAUCUAUGGUGUCUCCAAGGCGGCCCUCGAUCAGUUCACCAAAAUUGUUGCCCUGGAAUUGGCACCGCAGGGAGUGCGCGUGAAUUCCGUGAAUCCUGGAUUUGUACAGACCAAUAUUCACAGUAGGAUUGGCAUCAAGGAUGAAGCCUAUAAAACUCUGCUGGAUCGUGCCAUCAAUUCGCAUCCUCUUGGCAGAGUUGGCGAUGUCUUUGAAGUUGCCGAAGCGGUGGCAUUCUUGGCCAGUUCCAAGGCCAGCUUCACCACCGGCGCCCUCUUUCCCAUCGAUGGUGGCAAACACAAUCUAACGCCACGUUAGGUCGUAACCUUGCAUUCUAGUUGCCCAUCUGUAUAUCUUCCCUUUAUAUCUACUUACAUUUGUAUUAUAUAUAAAAGUCUUUUUUUUUGUAAUUGUCUAAAGUAAAUGUGCAAUGAAUACUACGAGUAUUU